UGCAAUCCGAUUGAGGUGGAAGUUUUUAUGUUUAUUCAAAUAUUGUACAACAAAGGAAGAUUUCACUAAUUACAAGGUGUCAUUAUUUAAGAAAAUGGAAGGAGUGCGAUAAUAACUUUGUUUUAUACGAGUUUUCUGACAAAUAUCAAAGUUCAAUUCUUUGUUAUGUUGCCUGGAUGGGUAAUUUAUUUUGUUGCUUUGUGUGCCAAUACACUAUAAAAUUACGAACGGAGUAAUCGUUCCUUCUGAUGAUAACAUGCACACAUAACAUUAAACUUUGUUUAUGGUGUAACAAAAGACCCUUUCUUGUAUAUACAAUAACAUGUUGGUUGAGUACAGCUUCCAUCCAUGAUUGUGACGUAAUCUGUGAUAUUUCCACAAACCACGCCUAUUUCUUUAAAAAAACAUUUUUGGUAAUAUCUGUCAUGUUUCACGUGCCCGAUUCUAAUCCCUGGAAAGUAUCCAACUUAUUCCGUAAUUGAUUCUUUUCGUCAAAUGUCUCUGCUCGGCAUGUCAUAUUGGCGUUCAGUCGCACUAGCACCGGGAUUCAAGUGAUUAUGAGGACGCUCUUUGAACUUCUGUGCGCUCUCCAAUUAAUGCUCCUCACGACAGGAAAUUCAAAAGCACAAGAGGGAAACGGAAAUCCACCAAGCUUAAUGAAAGCCCACUCCAAAAUGUAUCCCUCUCCCUGGGAUGAAUGGUGGGGCUAUGGCGGAAGAGCAGCUCCUGAAUAUUGGGGAGACACGUAUCCGGACCACUGGUACAUGUGUUCUAAAGGCAAACAACAGUCACCAAUAAACAUAGAACCGGAUCUGUUACUGUAUGACGUCAAUCUUGGUCGGCUCAUUGUGAACUCUCCACCGGUUGAAGGUGUCCUGCAGAAUACCGGAAAUGACAUCACCUUAACUUUUAUGAAUGACGUUAAGAAUCAGAUAAACGUCACCGGCGGGCCUCUUUCUUACAUGUUUCGAAUCACUGACGUCAAAUUUCAUUUUGGAAGAAAACAGCGGGCGUCCGAACACCUCAUCAACAACAAGUCUUUCACAGCAGAGAUGCACAUUAUGGGAUACAAUUCUGAAGUAUACAGUACGAUUGACGACGCUAUGAAUGGCGUCCGAGGCCUGGUUGCCAUCGCUGUUUUCAUGGAGAUAGGGUUGGAAUCAAAUUAUCCGCUGGAAUUAAUUACAAAACGGUUAAGAAAUAUACCGACCAAAGGUAACAGGAUAAAGUUAUCGGGGUUUACAUUAAACGACCUCAUCCCCAACACAACAGAAUACAUGACGUAUGAAGGUUCAUUAACAAUACCCGGAUGUCAGGAGAGCGUCACGUGGAUUAUAUAUAACAAACCUAUUUAUUUAUCUGUCGAUCAGAUGAAAAAAUUCCAGACAAUACCGCAGAUGCGAUGGAUUCAUACAAAUAGCAGAUCUGUUAUGCCUCUUAACCAAAGAGUUAUCAGAACGAAUAUUAAUAUAAAGGAAAAGAAUGACAUAUGCACGAUAGAACAACAUUUCAGUUACAAAGUAAAUGAAUUGUUUACUUCAUGACAAAUAAGCUCUGCCUUUACAUCUGGAAGCACGGACAAACCCGAUAUGUUGUGGUGAGGAAUUCCGGAAACAAUUGAAUUUCAACAGGACAGCUGCUAUUUAUAGUUAUUUGCAGACGACCUUUAUAUCAGAUGCUUGUAUUUUCAUCAGUCAUGGUGCUAAGAUGUGUGUGUGUGUGUGUGUGUAUUUUGAAAUUCUGUCAUCAGUAUUCAUUAUUGCAUUGAUAUUUACGUACUUCAUGCGCUAAUCGUAGCACUGCCCGGUGCUAAUAAUUCUUACUGCAUCGCAAGUGGUUUUAACUGAUAUGCAAAGUUAGCCCGUAUUUGUACAUAGUAUAGGUGCUAUAAAUGAAUGACUAUCUUGGAGGAGUACUACAAGCAAGUAUGCAUUAUACGUAGUAUAGUUUGAAUUAAUCUAGUUUAGUUGAAUCCAAGCAAUGUUGCCUAUUUUGAUCAAUGGUUGGAUUUAAAGACGCUAUAAAGGAAAACAUGGACCUAUUCAAUGUUUUUCUAAAUCUACAAUACUUUGAUAUUUAUUCCAUUUAAAAUUCUCUGCAAGACAGAAUCUGGAAUAUCUAUGAAUUAAUAUGGUUUCACUCAAUCCACUGACUUUACUAGACAGUCGUGUAAAUAUUGUACCAUUUGUUUUAAAUGUGCCCUGACCUUUGUUUAUGAUUUUAUAUGAUGAGCUUUGUAAGAGGAAUAACUUGUAUAUACAGAUAUGUUUUGUAAAGGGACUGUAUCGAGCGAAUUGAAAUAAAUAAUCAUUUAUACAUACGA